AUGAAUCUGGCUAUCAGCUCAGACGAUGCGAACGCGGCAGAUAAUGAAAUGGCUCCUAGGGGAAGAGGUCUGUACCUGGAGUCUUACGGGGUGUCUUUUCCAGUAGAAGAGAGCACGGAGAGGCCGACUUCCUACUACAAUGGCCAGCAGAUGACGGACGAGGCGGCCAUGCAGGAGGCGCCACCAUCGCCGUGCAACCCCUUCAUCCUGGUGUCUAACCUUCGCGCUCACCUUUUCGUGGCGCUGGAAAAAAACACCUGGCUGCAGAAGCGCAUCGAGGAGCUGGAGGAGGAGCGCAACUUUCUGCGCUGCCAGCUGGACCGACUCAUCGUUGGUUCGCGGGGGCACGACGGUAAGGAGGGCUCGUACCGCUCCGCCAGCCCCUCCGGUCCGUCCUCCCCCAUGACCACCCGUUCAGGGAUGACCCUGAAGCGCCUGCAGGGACCCGCGACUCGGGUCAAGCAGGAGUUUCACCUGGAGGAUGAAAAGUUCUACACGGACGAGGAGUUCCUAGAAGAGGAGGAGGAGGACGGCGAAGAGGAGGAGUCCCCGGCGGAGGCCAAGAAAAAAGGCAGAGGGAGAAACGGGGAGCCCAGGAUGAAGAUGAGGAGGAUCUACCGUAUCACUCACGGCAGGGAACGCCAGAGAGUCAAAGACCCGGAUGGCGUUCUGAUCCGUUACAAGAAGAUCCUCUCAACCUACCAGCGCGUGAGGAGCAUGUCUAGAGCCUUCCAGAUCCACGGAGUCGAUCGCAACACCAUGGCUUCCACCUCCCCCAUCGCCGAGCUCCUGCUGGUGGCGCCGGAGAAGAUGGACGAAGUGGGCGAAUUCGAGGCCCUCAAAGAGAAGCUCCUGGACUACGCCCGCCGCUGCUACAAAAUCAUGGACGAGCGGACUCACGAGGUUGUUCAGAACAUGAAGAAAAGUCACAAGCUGCUUCCAAUCUCCUACCGCUUCAGGAACUGA